GGCCGAUAGAGCCGUCUCACGUAAACGUCCGACCUAUAUAAACUCCUUCCUGGCUGCGUUUGUCUUUUUAUCCUCUUCAUCUACACUCGCGGCUACAUCUCUGAUACCGGCCUCUUUCUCUUCUGUGGUUUGGCUUGGCUCCACUUCCACCAAGAGCUUCUAUCAACCAACGAAGACAUCACUAUGGAGUCUGUGAAUACUUCUAACCUCGGCGAGGGCCUUUCCGGCGCCGACCUUCUUCGGCCCCCUCAGUUCGCUAUCCUGGAUUACCUAAUACCCGGAUUCUCCGUUUUUUCCUCCGCCAUCCACGCGUACAUGGGCAUCGACCUCAACCUCUACAUCCCGCUUCUCCUCAUCGUCUCCGGCCUCACCUUUGCCUGGACCUACCUCAGCGAAUAUGUCUGGAGCAUGAUUGAGAAAUACGGCAUGUCCGUCGUACGCAUUCGCACCGAUGACGAAAUUUACAAUAUAAUAAUGUCGUGGACGGCUGCUCAACGCUUCGCCAAGUCGUCCCGGCGCUUCAUCGUCAACACCAACAUCAACUCCCGCAGCUGGUUCCUCUGGCGGUUUAACGAAGACGAGGAAGAGGAAGAUGGCGAGGGAGACGGUUCUAACGGCACUGCUCCUCGCAAGAAGCCUCUUCAGUACACACCCUCAUUCGGCACCCACUUCUUCUGGUACCAGGGCCACCUUUUGCUGUUUGAGCGUCACGAGAACCGCGAGCAGUCGGGCUUCCUGGUUGUUAGUGAGCGCGAGGAGAUUACCAUUUCCUGCUUCGGCCGCAACCCUCGCGUCCUCAAGGAGCUGUUGCUCGAGGCCCGCAUGGAGUACAUGAAGAAGGACGAGUGCAAGACUCUCAUCUACCGCGGCGCCGCUGGCACCUCUGGAGGUGACCCCAGCUGGCAACGCUGCAUGACCCGUGCCAGCCGUCCCGUUUCCACCGUCAUUCUCAACGAGAAGGUCAAGGAGGACCUGAUUGCCGAUGUGACUGAUUACCUCAACCCCGCCACUCGCCGAUGGUACUCCAACCGCGGUAUUCCAUACCGCCGUGGUUACCUUCUCUAUGGCCCUCCCGGAACCGGAAAGAGUUCGCUCAGUCUUGCGCUGGCUGGCUUCUUCCGCAUGAGAAUCUACAUGGUUAGCUUGAGCUCCAUCAUGGCCAACGAGGAGAACCUGUCCUCGCUCUUUGCCGAACUUCCACGUCGCUGCGUGGUCCUCCUCGAGGAUAUCGAUAGCGCUGGUCUUACACACACUCGUGAGGAUGGAAAGAGUGAUGAUGGCACUACUGACCAGACACCUGUUGCUACGGUCCCGUCUGGUCCCGGAAAGCUUGCCACCAUCACAGGCGCCCCCGCUCUGCCUGGUCGACUCUCACUCUCUGGACUGCUCAACAUUCUCGACGGUGUUGCCUCUCAAGAGGGUCGUGUUCUCAUCAUGACUACCAACCACCUCGAGAAGCUGGACAAAGCUCUCAUCCGACCUGGCCGUGUUGAUAUGAUUGUCAAGUUCGGCCUUGCCGACGCUGACAUGACCUCUUCCAUCUUCCGCGCCAUCUACGCUCCUUAUGAUGGAGAAGAUGUGCGUGGAUCUGGUGACCCUGCGCCUAAGCAGUCGGAGCUUCUCGAUGCGGACGAGACCAAGAAGCUGGCCGAAGAGGCUUCCAAGAUCCGCGCCGAGACCCUCGAGCGUGUCAGCGGCCUCGCCGCCGACUUCGCCGCCAAGAUCCCUGAGCACGAGUUCAGCCCUGCCGAGAUUCAGGGUCUGCUCCUCAAGCACAAGCGCAGCCCUGAAAAGGCGCUCGAGAGCGUCGAUGAGUGGAUCGUGGAGACGCGCAAGGAGAAGAAGAAGAAGGAGCUUGACGAUGCCGAGACUCGCCGCAAGGAAGAGGAGCAGCGCAAGAAGGAGGAGGACGAGAAGAAGAAGGAAGAGGAGAAGACCAAGAAGGAGGAGGCUAAGAAGAAGCGCAAGGAGGAGAAGGCCAAGGCCAAGAAGAAGGCGGCCAAGUUGGCCAAGCUGGCCAAGCGCAAGGCCGCGGGCGAGGAGGUUGGCUCUGAUUGUUCAUCGGAUUCUGAUUCCGACUCUGAGUCUGAAGUCGAGGACAAGACGAAGAAGGACGAGGUAGAGGGUGCUGAGAAGACUGACAAGACUGAGAAAAAGGAGAAUAGCAAGGCCGUAGACAACAAGGCCGAGGCGAAGGAAGUCGAGAGCAAGGACGGGCUGGUCGCGGAGAAGCAGUCCAAGGGCUCUUCCGAUUCUGGAUACGAUACCCCCGAAACCAUCUCAGCAUAAGAGAACGAGUAAUGACAUCACAUAACGAGCAUAAAAAUACAUUGGAUCCGAUAUAUUGGAUGGAAUUGCACCGCAUACUACCACAGACCCAAAUAUCACAUGACUGCAUCAGAGGAAAGCAACCAGAAUGGGCUAGUAAGGAUGACGUGGGAGGGCGAGGAAUGGAUGGUUCUAUGGAGAAUUGUUUACGUACCGAGCUCGGCAAGCAGCGCCGUCGUGGGGGCAUCUGCUGCAGAGAUUUCUGCAUCAUGUACUGUACCUUUUGAGAUGUUCCAAGUUGAUAUAUGUCUCAACUAGAGAAAAAUUGAACCUCCU